AUGGCCUCAAUCGAUAGGCUCAGCAGCUUGCCGGAUGACGUCAUAUACCACAUUCUCUCUUUCCUCCCGACUAAGCGCUCAGUGGCGACAAGCAUUCUUGGAAAAAGAUGGAGGUUUCUAUGGGCCCAUGUACCCUGUUUGGACUUCAGCGAAGAUGAUUUCUUGGAAGAAGGAACACAAGCCUCGGACAUCAUCCAUAGAGUUAUAUUGCAGCACAAGGCAAAAAGUUUGGAUACUUUAACACUCCGUAGCAUCAACGACAACGAGUAUCGACUGGAGACAUUGAUGACAACCGUCAUCGAUCGUGGUGUCCAGAAUCUUUAUCUUCAACUUGACUUCAGUAUAUUCCCUCGAUGCAUCUUAAACUGCAAAACCAUUGUCGACUUGUUUCUUGAUUUUUAUAGAGCGCCAUUGUCUGCUGUGUACAAUGUCUCAUUGCCUAGCCUCAAGAAGUUUCGUGUUUAUAGUGUUGUGUGCGAGAAUGACGAGUCCCUCCCUCACUUUCUUUCCGGCUGUCCGUCGCUUGAGGAGUUGUAUAUGGAAUUAACAGCUGUGGGAGGGGGAUCAUUUGAUUAUGAUUAUGUGGGCUGCAUAAAUAUAUCAUCACCCACACUAAAGACGCUUAAGCUCGAUCUUUAUAAUUUGACUCGUCCAUCUAACUUUAAACAUAGGAUGAUAAUAAAUGCCCCGGCCCUUACAUAUCUCCAAUUGUAUGGCUAUUAUUUGAAGUGUAUAACAGUUCCUAUAACCACGAUCUCCUUAGUUGAGGCGGAUAUCCGCUUACAAAGAUACGAUACCACGGUGGUGAAGUUUCUUCAGUGUUAUGUAAAGUGCCUAGUGAUAUCAGGUUGGGAACUUGAGGAGUUUGUUCAUAGAGGAGUUGCUCGUUCAACUGGAAAGUUUGACAAUUUAACCAAACUUGAACUCCUAUGGAGCUUCAAAUGGAGUUUGCUUGUAAAGUUCCUUGAAAUUGCUGACAAUCUUGAAGUCCUUAUUUGUCCGCAGAUUGAUCUUGAAAAGGGAUAUUUUUGUCCGGAGCCUGAACAAGUGCCUAAAUGCCUAUUAUCAUGUCUUAGAAUUAUAAAAACUAAGUGGGUGCCGUUCAAUGAGCAGAUAUUCGACAUGGUAAGAUAUCUUUUGAGGAAUUCUCGAGUAUUGGAGAGGAUGGAAAUAUUUACCCCAUCUCAGCCAUACAUUGAUUUUGAAACGAAAUUCCAAGCGCAUCAGAGAAUUUCAUUGUUUGAGCGAGGAUCCAACGCCUGCGAACUUGCUUUCCUUUCAGAUUGUUGA